AUGGCUGCCUUCUUCACGUCCUUCCGUAAGUCGGAUUUGCCCAAGCGGCUGCUGCGCUAUGCCAUGGCCAGGCUGGACAUAUUCGAGGACGACGCUCUUGACCUGGACAAACUUGAUGCCGCCCUCGGCCUGAGGAAUACCUUGGAGUUCAAAGAUGUCGGUCUCAAGGUCGAGAAAAUAAGAAAGCACCUAAGCCUGCCUUCCGAGUAUCGAAUAAAAAAUGCAAAGGUGUCUCGCCUGCAAAUCACCAUUCCCCUCGAUCUGUAUUCUAGCGCCAUCCAGGUCACCGCGUCCGGUGUUCGUAUAGCCCUGGUAGUUUCAACGCGAGAACAGCCUGCUGGAAAAUCCAAGAAGAAUGAGACACCAAGGUCGAGUUCUGAUGUUGUCCCCACGGCUGCGGACCUAGCUCAGUCCUUUUUGGAAACUCAGCCAUCGAAGGAGAAGAAGGCUUUGGAGGAGGCUCUGGCCUCCGAGACAACAGACCUGGGCGCGUCCGUGGCUUCCAGCGAGGACAGCAAUGAGGAGGACUCAGCAACCGGCACGGGCCAACGGCUCUAUUUACCGGACUUCAUGACAGACUUCCUGCAGGGUGUUGUCGACCGCAUGGAGGUGGGUAUCAGGGAUGUCGCUCUACAGCUUGAAGUCGAUGUUCCUGUGGACCAUAAGACCACCGAGACCGAAUUGGUCACUUUUCAGGUCACUCUCGAUGAGCUCGAGGUUGAAGGCGUCACGGCGCAGGCUCGACAAGAUGGAGCCAGCACGCGCAUCGUGCCUAAAGAUGGCAAGCGUCACAUAUCACUCAACACAAUUCGCGCUUCCCUCAUCUCAGAGGCUGACUUAUUAUCCAACCUUGCGAGAUCGCCUUCCUUGACUUCCGCCGCGUCGAGAUCUCCGAUAUCAACCGCGAAAAGUCCACCGUUCAAUCUGAGACCUUCUCAGGCUGGAAGCGUUCGCGAAGGCGUGAUGGGUGGGUCCAACGACGAUCUCUCCCAAAGCGAACGAAUACUACAGGACAGCGAGGAGGCAUUCAACACAACUUAUGAGCUGGACAACUCUAGCAGCGCAGCAGGCGAAGAGCAAGAACCUACGUCGUCUUUAUCGACACCGAGGGCCUCCAUCUACCAUGAUUUCGGCGGCCAGCACGAGGAUGGACCCGGCACUGUACUAGACGACGAACCAUCCGUCUGGCCGUCAGCCUUGAAUGUCCCGGAAAACGACGCGGAAAGGCCUACCGUGAAUAUUUCUCUCGAAAACUCCAUCUCGUCUGAUUCUGCAAGUGAUGAUUCCGGAGCUCAGCCCACAGAUGAUCUCGCCCAAUCGCAAUUGUUUAGUCACGAGGAGGCAGAGAGCAUGUACAUGAGCGCCUUUUCAAACGGAGAAUAUCAACAGUCGAGGAGUGACUCGAUGCCAGGUGCAUGGGAUUCAAAUCUGUCGAGUCCUGAGGGCUCACCAGGAUCCAAGGGCGACAAACCACUACGGCCGGGUGAAAACCUGUCCCACGAGGAAGAAGAGAUUAGGCAGCAAGACCCAAUCUUGGCCGAAAGUAAGGAGCCGUCAACACCGAUUCAUUCAUCGUCGCCGCAAGGAGGAGAAACCCAGGCCAAGAAGGAUCCGCACGUGGCACAAGAUGCAGCCGCAGAGCCUAUCAAUGCUGCCAUGGCAGACGAGACUGAGACCCAAGGGCCGAACAACAUUCUAAGAGAGAUCUUCUCUCUUGCAUCGAUCUCCGUAUAUUUGCCGAUCAAACAUAAGCACAUCCAAGUGUCAAGUGCUGAUGAGACGUCACAAUUGGCCAACUCAACCUUUCAAAAUGUUCCAGGGGCUUUCUCCGUCUAUUCUACGACUACAGGCCCCACAUCGUUCCACGUUGAAUCUGAGCCAGAAGCCACGAAGGUAGAGGAUGAGGAUGAUGAUGGAUCGAUUGAAAUUGACAUAUCGCCUCUUGAGCUACGUUUCGACACUUCCGUCGGCUUUCUUCUAGCAAUGCUGGCACGUCGGCUCCUAGACACGUUCAAAACAUCGCAGAAGCCCUCUGAAACUACAAUCGAUACAUUCACCAGAGCCAAUGACUCGUCGAGACCGGAAAUCAAGCUGUCGAUGCAAAAGAUAUCUAUUCUCUUUGUCGAGAAGAUAUUUGGCGGUUAUGUCACGGCAACGACGACGCCAAGCCCAGAGGUGCCGGCCUUCGAGGCCGAGACGCUACUGAGAACUGACCUGGACCAUCUGCAAGCAACCUUGUCUCAAAAGGACUCCGUGGAUGACACCUUGAUCAGUGUUGAGAAGGUCCGUUUUGGGUAUCAAGAUAGCGAUAUACUGUCUUUCGACCAAGAAGCACAGAUGCGAGCCUCAGUCAGAGACGUGUUUCCGGAAGCCGGAGCCGAUGUGUCGGUCAAGAUAUCAACAUCCAAGGAAAGCAAUCGGUUUGAGAUAAAUACGCUGCCGCUCCGCGUUCAUGUGGACUUACAGCGGUUGGACGAGACUUUCACUUGGUUUGGUGGGCUCAGUGGCUUCCUUCAGAUGAGCUCUUCAAUGACCUCAAGUGGCUCACCUGGAAAACCCAAGACCAAGUCUGGCAAGCCAAGAGGGGUACGGUUUGACAUUCCAUCCACUCCAGAGAGUUCGGCAGCGGUGUCCGAAAGCAAAAUCGAUGUACGAAUCGGUGGCUUGCAAGUCGACUUGGACGGUAAGAAGUGUGGCAUUCGUGUUCGGACUACAGCCGUCAAGAUGGUGAGCCGGGAUGGCAUCAUUGGAGUUGGAAUAAGCAAAAUUCAUGCAUCCGGGCCGUAUGCAGAACGAUUCCAUGGUGGACCGCCCGUCAUGAUCACCCUGUCGAACACGCGUAUCGACUAUCUUCUUGCCCCCCGAGAAAAUGACUUGGAUCGACUUCUCUCUCUGAUUACCCCCUCGAAAGGCCAGUUUGAUGAUAAUGAGGAUGAGAUCAUGGUAGACACGCUAUUAAGGCAGCGAAGGAAAGGCUCUGUUCUGAAGUUGACCUUGGACGACGUGCAGGCACAGGUCACAAGAUUGCAGCAGCUUGACUCUAUCCCUUCUCUGGGAGAGGAGCUCGCUCGUCUUGGAACCGUGGCCAAAUAUCUUCCCGAGGACGACCGGCCUGGGUUACUGACACUUGGUCUCAUCCAUAACGUGGAUGCUUCGGUGGAUGUUGGCGGUAGAUUCGGUAAGGUGAAUGCGCACCUGGCCGAUCUUGAGCUGGCCCAUAUUGCCUUUCCUUCGCUGGCUGCUUUCGGAGUCAACACCAUCAAAGUCGACAGAAACAGUAUUGAGGAGCUUGUUGGUUCUACUAUCGACAUGAGGACCGGACUUCUUGCGCAAUCACCCGUUCUUAUGGUACGGGUGAUAGGCGAUGAAAUGGAGCCUGCCAUCAAGGUCAGGAUGCGGAACAUCAAUUUCGAGUAUCGCGUUCCCACGAUCAUGGACGCACUGGGCCUGUCCUCGGAAACCACACCUCAGGAAUUCGACGCAAUGUUGGCGGCCUCUGUGGCCAAUCUUGGAGAACAGGCGCAUACCGCAUUGGUUGGAAACCCACCAUCGCCAUCGCCACGCUCGCCGCAGGGCGGAUCCACGAAGCCGACGAUUGUCAAUGUGGCUUUUCGUGACUGCCUGCUAGGAUUGAACCCCUUGGCGCUGACAUCCAAGCUGAAUGUGGUUCUUCAGGAUGCCCACGUGGGGGUUGUUUUGCCGGCGGGCGACGACGUGAAUGCCGUUGCGAAUCUGAAGAAGGCGGCUAUUCUCCUCGUCGAUGAUGUCUCCUUACUCGAAUCUACGCAGAGAGCAGGGCCGUCCAGACACCGCGGAUCAGAUGUCCAAAGACAGACGGACAUGGUGUCUACAUUGUGCUCUAAAGGCUAUGUGAAUAUUUGCCAGAUCUCUUCGGCAAGGGCUACAGUCGAAGCCACGGCAGAGCCCACUGGAGAGAUGCAUAUCGACGUUGAGCUCCGAGAUGACCUACUGGUGCUCGAGACUUGCGCAGACUCUACCCAUACCUUGCUUGCACUUACGGGUGCCUUGAAGCCGCCGACUCCGCCGAGCAGGGAAGUGAAGUUCAAGACCGAAAUUAUUCCCGUGCAAGACAUGUUGGCAUCUAUCACGGCCGAUGCUUUCGGCAGGGCGGAAGGCGACUACAAUUUCGACGACGACUUCGCCAUUGCUCAGGAGCUAGGUGGUGGUGACGACAUGUCAGAUGGAGAAAUAGUAGGAUCGAGUCCUUUGGACAUCGAGCCGAAGUACUUCGCCAGCCAACCCGCUGUUGCUGAAAGCAUCUUCGACGCCACGUCUUCGUCCUUGGUAUCUGGCCCUACAGUCACUCAGGACAUGGCAGGGGAUACAAUUCCCUCACAGCCUGACUCACUUGCGCCUAGCGAAGAUUUUGGUUCGAAUUCGGAGAUCGAGAUCGAUGAAAAUUACUUUGGGCAAGACCCGACCGUACCUGGAGAUGCUCAUCACUGGAAUUCAGCCAAGAAUAGGUACGACGAAGUGAAGAAAGCCAGGGUGCCCAAGAGUCCGCUGAAUGUCAGGGUCCGAGAUGUGCACGUGAUAUGGAAUCUCUUUGAUGGCUAUGACUGGCAACACACCCGCGAGGCCAUCACGAAGACGGUGGAAGAAGUGGAAACAAAGGCAUACGAACGCCGCUCUCGAGCUGGUCGAAGGUCCCUGGACGAAGCGGACUUCGACGACCAGGACGUUGUCGGGGAUUGCCUGUUCAAUUCCAUCUACGUUAGCAUUCCGGCGAACCACGAUCCUCGUGAGCUAGUUGGAGGUAUCAACCACCAAUUAGACGACGCGGAGUCGAUAGCAUCCACCUCGGUCACCACGACCACAACCCGAACGGUUCCUGGCCAGUUUCGGUCCAGGGCUAAGAAGCUACGCCUCAAUAGGAGCAGACGCCACAAGAUCACGUUUGAGUUGCAGGGUGUUAACGUGGACCUCGUCAAAUUACCACCAGGCUCGGGCGAGACAGACACCUCCAUUGAUGUUCGUGUCCAGAACCUGGUUGUUUUUGAUCACGUCCCGACCUCCACCUGGAAGAAGUUUGCCGCGUACGACUUGGACGCUGGCGAGCGCGAGCUGGGCGCAAAUAUGGUGCACCUCGAGAUUCUUCUUGUCAAACCGGUUCCCGAACUAGCGGCUGUCGAAUUUGUUCUCAGAGCCAACGUCCUCCCACUCCGCCUGCAUGUCGACCAGGAUGCGCUUGAAUUCAUCGAGCGUUUCUUCCAGUUUAAGGAUGAAUCACAGAUGCCAUCUGACCCGUCUCCGAGUGACGAAGCAUUUAUCCAACGCGCCGAGAUCAAUGCCAUACCCGUCACACUAGAUUUCAAGCCCAAGAGGGUGGAUUACGCGGGUCUGCGGGGCGGGCGAACUUCGGAAUUCAUGAAUUUCGUGAUUCUGGAAAGGGCCCGUAUGACGCUGCGACACACCAUUGUCUACGGCACUACGGGAUGGGAGCGGCUGGGCAAUACGCUCAAUGACAUAUGGACGCCAGACGUGAAGCGCACGCAACUCGCUGGCGUGCUAGCUGGUGUUGCCCCAGUUCGCCACCUGGUCAAUGUGGGCAGCGGCUUCCGUGAUCUUAUCGAAAUCCCCAUCAGGGAGUACAAGAAGGAUGGGCGUAUCGUCCGCAGCAUCGGCAAGGGCGCGGCGGCUUUUGCUCGCACGACGGGGACCGAAAUUGUCAAGUUGGGCGCCAAGGUGGCGGUCGGCACCCAGUAUGUACUCCAAGGCGCGGAGGACAUGCUGACCAAGCCUUCGGGUGAAGGCAGCUCGAGUGCUGGCGAGACAGCGUCACUCCAGACAGGAUGGGAGGAAGAGGACAUGGAACCAGAGGAGAAGAAACAGAUCUCCCUUUACGCGGACCAGCCCACGGGUGUCGUCCAAGGCCUACGGCACGCCUACAGCAGUCUUGCUCGGGACCUUAAUGUGGCCAGGGAUGCCGUCAUCGCUGUCCCCGGCGAGGUGCUUGAGAGGGGGGCGGCGAGGACCGUUAUGAGCAGAGCGCCGACCAUCAUCUUCCGCCCAGCCAUCGGAGCAACUCGAGCGGUUGGGCAGGCGCUCAUGGGGGCAACCAAUGCUUUGGACCCGGAGAACCUUAGGAGGGCAGAAGACAAAUACAAGCCCGGGCCCGGGAGAUAG